GCCGGCCUCCGGCGAGGGGGGCGGCGGCCGCGGCGGUGACAGCCGCUCCCCGCCCCCGCGGCCCGCCACGUCCCUCACGUACCGCCCGGCUGAGGCGCCAAGCGGCGACCUGGCGCCGGGGCUCCGGCUCCUCCAGCGGGGCUCGGCAUGAGGCUGGCGCGGCUGCUGCGCGGAGCCGCCGCGGCCGGCUCGGGCCCGGGGCUGCGCGCCGCCGGCCCCCGCGACCGCCGCAGCCUCGCCUCGGACUCCGGCUCCGGCCCGGCGUCGGAGAGCGGCGUUCCGGGCCAAGUGGACUUCUACGCGCGCUUCUCGCCGUCCCCGCUCUCCAUGAAGCAGUUCCUGGACUUCGGAUCGGUGAAUGCUUGCGAAAAGACCUCAUUUAUGUUUCUGCGGCAGGAGCUGCCUGUUAGAUUGGCAAAUAUAAUGAAAGAAAUAAGUCUCCUUCCAGAUAAUCUUCUCAGGACGCCAUCUGUUCAGUUGGUGCAAAGCUGGUACAUCCAGAGCCUUCAGGAGCUUCUUGAUUUUAAGGACAAAAGCGCAGAAGAUGCAAAAGCUGUUUAUGACUUUACAGAUACUGUGAUCCGGAUCAGGAACCGCCACAAUGACGUCAUUCCCACAAUGGCUCAGGGAGUGAUUGAAUACAAGGAGAGCUUCGGGGUGGAUCCUGUCACCAGCCAGAAUGUUCAGUACUUCUUGGAUCGAUUCUACAUGAGUCGCAUUUCAAUUAGAAUGUUGCUCAAUCAGCACUCCUUAUUGUUUGGUGGGAAAGGAAGUCCAUCUCAUCGAAAACACAUUGGAAGCAUAAAUCCAAACUGCAAUGUAGUUGAAGUUAUUAAAGAUGGCUAUGAGAAUGCUAGGCGUCUGUGUGAUUUGUAUUAUAUUAACUCUCCUGAACUAGAACUUGAAGAAUUAAAUGCAAAAUCACCAGGACAGCCAAUACAAGUGGUUUAUGUACCGUCCCAUCUCUAUCACAUGGUGUUUGAACUUUUCAAGAAUGCAAUGAGAGCAACCAUGGAACACCAUGCCGACAAAGGUGUUUACCCCCCCAUUCAAGUUCAUGUCACACUGGGUAAUGAGGAUUUGACCGUGAAGAUGAGUGACCGAGGAGGUGGCGUUCCUUUGAGGAAAAUUGACAGACUCUUCAACUACAUGUAUUCAACUGCACCCCGACCUCGCGUAGAGACUUCCCGCGCAGUGCCCCUGGCUGGUUUUGGUUAUGGAUUGCCCAUAUCCCGUCUUUAUGCCCAGUACUUCCAGGGAGACCUAAAGCUGUAUUCCUUGGAGGGUUAUGGGACAGAUGCAGUGAUCUACAUUAAGGCUCUGUCCACAGAAUCCAUAGAAAGAUUGCCUGUGUAUAACAAGGCUGCCUGGAAGCAUUACAACACCAACCACGAAGCCGACGACUGGUGUGUCCCCAGCCGAGAGCCAAAGGACAUGACAACAUUCCGCAGUGCCUAGAUGAGCUGGGGACAAACUGGCUUUUGUGUUAAAUUUGGAAGGGAUGGCAUUCAGAACUACAUCAUACCAAGUACUUCACAUGUUGUUCUUGCAGUUGACUCUUUGGGUAGGACAAAUGGAAGCUGAGUUCCACUUGUGCCUGGUAAACCUCCUAAAGGAUGAAUCUGUACCUGCUUACACUUUCACAGUCAAUGGGGCAUAAUUUUAAACACCUGUAGUUUUGGUCAAGUUUUUCUUUCCAUAGACUUCAGAAGUGUGCAUGUCUGGGUUUCUAUAGGAAGCUGUGUGGUUUUUUUAAAAUACUUUUAAUUUAUGUCUGCUAGAAGCAUUUUAUAAAUACUGAGUGUAGUUGGUUAACCAUCUUUCUGUGAUUUGGAGGUAUUCCUGCUAUCCUUUAUUGAGUAGUGACAACUGAAAUACGAUGGUGACCAACUACAAAUAUACCAUGUAAACCUAGGACCAGCUACCUUUCACUGCCUACAUGCAUUGCUUAGCUCUGAAAUUAAUUUAUAAUCUUAAAUUUUUGUAAAAGAUUGUGAUGACUAGUUCCCUGUGGAUUUAAGCCAAGAUCAUGGGCAAUCUUUUUCAAUGUGCUGGUGAUCAAUGCAAGGGAAAAAUUUUAUAUUAAACAUGAACUGGCAGUUGCUAAAAUUAUAGAGAAGAAAUUGAAGACAGAGCAGUGAAUCCUUGAAACUGACCUAAUCAGUUGACUGUUGGUGAUUGCCUGGGCAGCUUUUAAGAAGUUUUACCAGGUCCUGCUGCAGACUUGCUGGAUCAGAAUCUUGUGGGCAGGAUCCCAGAGAUCUGUUUUUAAAACACUUCCUAGGUGAGUCAGAUGCUAGUUUAGUUAUGAUACUACCUCUGUAGAGUGAAUAGUGAUGACAGUGUAGUUUCCAAAGUAACAGCGAUCUUUAUGGUGGUUUCCGCCUAUUUCAGAGUCAGAUUUCUGGACUCCAGGAGAGAGAAACUGAGUCUAGGCCUGGUGCAACUAGAAGAGUGAUUAGAGACAGAUAACCAGAGUCAGAAUCAUAAAUGCAUUAAGUAUUGACAAAGAAUGCCUAUUUUCUAAAAUAGAUUUUUUUUCUUUAACCAGGGAAAAGUCAACCUAGAUUUAUGACAAUCCUUUGCAUCCAUGUGGUAAUUUGUAGUUUACAAAUAAUUUGAUAUAUCAUAGUCGCUCUGUUGGUCUUCAAGGCAGCUAGCAGGUGCACCACCCUCAUUUUCACACAGAGCCUGGCCCAAAGUUGCAUAGGAUUAGAGUGAGAGCCGGAAGUAGGAGACUGUGUUGUUAGUUGUACCUUAUCUUUUUUUAAGGUGAUAGAUACCUUGAAAAUAAAUUUUAAAGCAAAAUCUAAACAUUUAAAGAACAACACGCCACUUAAAUGGGGAGAACUGUAUUUAUCUGGAAAAAUGACACUGAGUUGAAACACUUUCUUUUGAUCACACAAGGUUAACAAUUCUGUAUAAACCUGUAGGUUGGAAGGGCUGUUAAAGGGCACACAGUCUACUACCCUCACUGAAGAAAUGAGGACCUGCAAACUCAGAGGUGGUAUCCUUUUGCCUAGGGCUUCUUAUACCAGCGGAUCUGAACAAAUGUUGGAAACAGGUAUCUUACAUAAGCUAUUGUUUGUUCCUCAAUUAUGGAUUCUUUGAAAAACAAUAGAAUAUACUGAUUUAUAUUAGUUUGACAUGUUACAAUUUUUUGGCUUUAAAUUAAGCUUGUAAUGAAAUUUUUAGACUCUUUUGAAUCAAAAUGUUCACUUUUUUUCCUAAAUGAGACAUUUGUAAUAACUUAAACCUGACAUUUUUACUUAUAAAAUAUUUCCCCCUCCAAGAAAGUUUUUCCUCUCUUAAGAGCUAAGAAAUGAUAUUUGCAAAGGAAAAGUGAAAUUAUUUUCCUUUAGUUUUUUUUUUAAAGUAUAACAGCUUUAUAUUUGGUUAUUGUGGUAACGGACAGACGAUUACAUGCAAAGUAUUCUGGUAUACCUUUUACCAGUUGGUAUCAAGCCAUCUGAGAGGUUUUUCAAGAUUCUUAGCUGUUUUGAGCACCAGGAUUAAUAUGCAGUAUGGAUAUAAAAUGUUUCAAAGGACAGAAAAGUGGACACUCACUAAUUUUUAGAACCCAAGUGAGUAAUGUGCCAACAUUUUUAAGAAAGUGAUAGAAAAAAAUAUUCUGUGCUAUACUUAAGUACUGGCUGGCUUUUGAUGUCUUCAUACUUAAAAGUGAUCACUUUCUUGCACUGUGAAAUUUUUACAUGAAGAUGUUAAAGGGGACGUCUACCUUCUUAUUUUGUAAAAUGUUUUCUAUAAGGCAAUAAACAAAGAGUGGACCAGCUCUCAUUUUGAACAUAAA